AUCUUAGUCACCUACUACGUACAGUACAUAACACAGCCCGUACUCUAUAGGUACAGUACGUAGGCCAUGCUGAACAUCUGCAUCUAUCCACUAUCCACAUGUCUUGCUGCAUUAGAAGUUGCACCUCCCGACCAGAACAACUGGCUGUGGAACCUCUCCGCCCCCCUCCCUCUCCCUCUCUCUUUCCGACCCCUUCCGUCCGUCAGAGUCGGUUCCAAUUAGGUAACCCUCUUCCUCCCUCAGGCAGAGUCCCAGGCAGCCAGGCUACAGCUCCCCUUUUUUCCGGCUCAACACUUACUCCGGAAAGUCUCCGCCCGCGAGCAGUCUGCGCGGGUUGUAUGAUUAAUGCCUUUCGUAUCGGACGUGCCUUGACCAUGAGAUCUAUAUCCGGAUAUCCGUUAUCCAGAAUCCGUGAGGUUAUUUAUGUGCCUCUUCUUAAACCCUCCCAGCGGAAUGCCGCGGAAGUGCUAAAAACUCACUUCCUGUCCCUCCCCUCCGUACUAAUCAAUCCAAUCCUAUUGGAACGAAACCCUCAAAGCAAAAAAAAAAAAAGCAAAAAAGCGAUUAUUAUCAGGGAAAGCGCAUAGGACAAAGGCUAGACUUGAGCCUGUCCAUUCCUGUAUGUCUAGCGAAAAAAAAAAGUUUACGAAAGUAAGCAUGCAAUCAAUGUAUGUUCAUGUACGUAUGUACAGUACUUUGGUUCG